GGGAGAGGAGGAUCCUUCUGUGAGGAGACAAAGAGAGAAGAGAUGGUAGAGAAUGGCUGCACCUGACCUUCUUGACCCAAAGUCUGCUGCAAACAACUCCAAGCCUCGCCUGUCCUUCUCCACAAAGCCGGUGGUGCUGACCCCCCCAGAGGAUGAGUGUGACACCCGCACCACCGUCAUGAGGUGGAAGACUGUGUCGGCCAUCUUCUUCCUGGUGGUGCUGUACCUCAUCAUCGGGGCGACGGUGUUCAAGGCGCUGGAGCAGCCGCACGAGAGCAGGCAGAAACUGGCUAUUCUGACUGAAAAACUGGAAUUCUUGACGACGCACGCCUGCGUGAACUCGUCCGAGCUGGAGGAUCUGGUCAAGCAAGUGGUUUCUGCUGUUCGAGCAGGUGUGAACCCAUCGGGAAAUCUGUCCAAUCAGACGAGCCUCUGGGACCUCAGCUCCUCCUUUUUCUUUGCUGGGACUGUUAUCACCACCAUAGGAUUUGGGAACAUCUCUCCUCACACAGAAGGAGGCCGGAUCUUCUGCAUAAUCUACGCUCUGCUGGGGAUUCCCCUGUUCGGAUUCCUGCUCGCCGGUGUCGGGGACCAGCUGGGGACUAUUUUCGGAAAGGGCAUCGCCAAAGUAGAGAAGAUGAUUGUGAAGUGGAAAGUCAGCCAGACGAAGAUCCGCGUCAUCUCCACGCUGAUCUUCAUCCUGUUCGGCUGCCUCAUCUUCGUGGCCAUGCCGGUGGUCAUCUUCAAGCACAUCGAGGGCUGGAGCACCCUGGAGUCCAUCUACUUCGUGGUCAUCACCCUCACCACCAUCGGCUUCGGAGACUUUGUCGCUGGAGAGAAAGCUGGAAGUGCGGAGAGCUCGGAGAGUCUGGAAUACCUGAACUACUACAAACCCGUGGUCUGGUUUUGGAUCCUGGUGGGUCUGGCGUACUUUGCCGCAGUGCUCAGUAUGAUCGGGGACUGGUUCCGGGUUAUCUCCAAGAAGACGAAAGAGGAGGUCGGGGAGUUUCGCGCACACGCGGCCGAGUGGACGGCGAACGUGUCGGCGGAGUUCAAAGAGACGCGCAGGAGGCUCAGCGUCGACAUCUACGACAAGUUCCAGCGCGCCGCGUCCAUCAAGCGGAAGCUGUCGUCCGAGCUGGGAAUCAACGCUUCCAUCAACCAGGAAAUGACCCCUGGCAAGAGGACGCUGUCAGCCAACCUGUUCGAGGACAGAGAGGCUUCCGCCAACCUGACUCUGUCCCUCAGCCCCGUCCCCGGAGCGCUGGCCCGGAACGGCAGCCUCUACCUGAACGGCCUCAGCCCGGACUACGCUGACCGCCGGGAGAUCGCCAUCAUCGAAAACCUCAAGUGAGGAUAAGAUUGAGG